AUGGCCAACCGCUGCAAAAAUAGUGAUCCUUGUGAGGUUCGGCCCAGAUACGUGAAGAAAGAUCUACCUGCAAAAUGUGAACCCAAGUUGCUGGAUGUUGUUCAGCAAGCAUGCCAGCUCUACGACGACUAUGUAGAUAUGGCUACCGUCGUAAAACAGAGUCUCGAUGAUGCCUACGGACCAACUUGGCACGUUGUCGUUGGACCCAAUUUUGCGAGGUAUGUACAUUCAAAAUCCAGUCGUGUUUGAAAUUUUUUCGUGAAGCUUUAUUUAAAAUGAUAUUUCCAAACUUAAUAAAAGACUUUACAAUCAACGUUUUAAGAUGUUUAAUUAGAAAAGAAUAAAAAUCGCUGUAAUUGGUAAGGAAAUACUUUAAUUUAUUCAAGAUAAUGUGAACUGUUUAACGCAGUUAUUACUAAAAAGACUCACGAAACACGUACGAGUAAGUAAGCAAACGGUAAUAAUUAAUCCACGCAUUUUGUGUGGCCGUUUUACGCGUUAAGCUUCGAGAUUUUCAAAGAUUGUUUUAAAACAUACAAUGCGAUUUAAGACUAUUCGAGUUAGAGGAGUUUGUCAUAGGAGUUUGUCAUAGUUAGGAAGCAGUGCUUUUUACAUUUACCAACACGGACUACUGAGUCUUCAUAGCAAAUGCGUUUCAAAGAAGUUUCAAUAUUGACUUUGGUCUUAAUGCCAGAAAAUGAAGAGUUUGCGCUGGAAUAAUCUUCAACUAUGAUUAACAAACAACUGGAUUUAUUCGUCGUUUUAAUUGAUGUCAAACCGUUUAGAUCAAAAGAUGCAAACUAAAGAGAAGUUUACAAUUUUACUCUAUAUGACAGAGUCGUUAAAGUGCUGUUGGUACAGAACGAGUUGUCUAUAUUUAAAUUUUUGGAUAUUCUGUUUAAUUUUAUGUUGAAAUUUCAAAAAGUCGACUCUCAUAAUUAAACAGACCCUCGAGAAAAACAGGCAAAUUCAGGUCCCUUGUAAUUCCUGCUCAGUCUUCAGUUCUUGCUUCUUAACUUGUUUGCAUUGUUUUCACUUGCAGCCACAUCAUGCACGAGAAGAAGGCAUUCGCUCACAUAAAAUGCAACAAUCUCUCCUUCCUCAUCUUCCGAUACGGCUAA